AUGAAUACUAAAUACGAAGUAAAACAUAAUGACAAAUUAGGCAGAUAUUUAGUUGCCGCGAAAGAUUUAAAGCCUGGUGAGAGGAUUCUUUCCGACCAGCCGUUUGUUUUGGGUCCUAAUAGCGACACUUCACUGGUUUGCUUCAAUUGCUACUUACCGCUUAUAAGCAAGUUCUUGGUGUGCAAGAAUUGUGCCGUCGCACCUAUAUGCCCUGGAGAUGGAUGUUCCGAUCAGAUUGCUAAAUGGCACAAUCAACAAGAAUGUGAUUUUUUUCGAAACUUAAAACUCAAUCAAGGAAUGAAUCCGAUGACAAUGGUACAAAAUGUUGGUUCAUUGUUGGUUUUACGUGCGAUUCUGAAGAGGGAAACACAUCCCCAAGAAUGGAAGGUCUUUAUGGAAUUGGAGACCCAUUUGGACAGAAGACGGGAGAGUAAUGUGUGGGAAUAUUAUGAUAAUACCGUAAAGUUCAUCCAAUCGCUAGGUCUAUUCGACAACGGCCACAACAAAGAUCUUGUUCAGCGGAUAUGUGCAGCAAUCGACGUGAACAGUUUCGAGGUCCGCGGCCCGCCGAUACCCGCGAUAGGGUGCGCGGAGGUGCUGCGCGGGAUGUACUUGCAAGCCGCACUGUUGGCCCACGACUGUGUCGCCAACACUCAUAUGUCGAUAAACGAUAGUAAUGUACUCGUCUGCCACGCUAGCAGGGAUAUCAAGAAGGGAGAUCCCAUUUAUUAUAAUUAUACUGACCCCUUGAAAGGAACUGUACUGAGACAACAGCAUCUGAUGGUUGGUAAAUAUUUUAAAUGCACAUGUAAUCGAUGCUCAGACAUUACUGAACUGGGCACGUAUAUGAGCUCUGCAUUAUGUCCUCGUUGUAAGAAAGGAUAUAUAUCUAAAAAGAAUGAUGCUUGGGUUUGCCACAGCUGUGCGAAGGAAAGUGAACAAUCUGCUAUAGAUUAUAAGGUUCAAUGUUGUUCUAAUAAGUUAGAAGUCAUAAAUAAAAAAGAUGAAAAAGAGCUUGAAGAAUACAUAAGAAAUGUUUCCCUUGUAUUGGCACCUAACCAUUACCUACUUUUGGACGCCAAACAACGUCUCGCUGGAGUUCUUAGAGACACUAUCAAUAGGGAGCCGAGACCUACUAAAAAGUUGAUGCGCCGAAAAAUUGAACUGUGCCAAGAAAUAUUACCAGUACUUGAAACACUUAGUCCUGGCAUAUGUAGGACUAAAGCAAUCACUUUAUACGAGUUACACGAAACCACGGUGCAGUUAGCUAAGAAGAUGUCAGAUGCACGUGAAAUAACUGCUCCCGCUUAUGUUGAUGAACUGUUGAAUGCAGAAAGAUAUUUAAAACGAUCUCUUGAAAUGUUAGUAUUAGAACCAGGAAACUCCCCUGAAGGCGAAUUGUGUGCGAAAGCUUUAGAAGAGUAUAGAGCUCUUAAAAUAACAAUAGCGAAAACUUUAGACGGUAUAUACGCUGAUGGCAAAUCUUGCCAAAUGAGCGUUCAUUUAGAUAUUUGGAGUCCAGCCAUGGCAGAUCAGACAUCUAUGUUGGCCAUUUUUAUUUUAGCUGUAGGAAUAUCUGUGCAUUUCUCCUUACAUAAAGUUGAAGAAGGCUAUGUAGGAGUUUACUAUCGUGGUGGAGCACUACUGCCUGUCACAAGCCAACCUGGUUUUCACAUGAUGAUACCAGUUUUGACUACAUAUAAGGCCAUUCAGACUACUCUUCAAACUGAUGAAGUAAAAAAUGUACCUUGUGGUACAAGUGGAGGAGUCAUGAUAUAUUUUGAGAGAAUUGAAGUUGUUAAUAAAUUAGAUCCUAAUAGUGUUCUAGAUGUAGUGCGCAACUUCACAGCUGACUAUGAUAAAACACUGAUAUUUAAUAAGGUCCAUCAUGAGUUAAAUCAGUUUUGCAGUGCUCACACACUUCAUGAAGUAUACAUUGACCUAUUUGAUCAAAUUGAUGAAAACCUGAGUACAGCAUUGCAGAAUGAUUUAAAUGAAUUAGCUCCUGGUUUGAAAGUGAAAGGUGUCCGUGUAACAAAACCAAAAAUACCAGAGGCUAUAAGAAAAAAUUAUGAACUAAUGGAAGCUGAAAAGUCUAAAUUUCUAAUUGCAGAACAACAUCAAAAAGUUGUUGAGAAAGAAGCAGAGACAGCUCGAAGGAAAGCAGUAAUUGAAGCGGAGAAAGAGGCUCAUGUGGCAAAAAUUCAAUAUGAACAAAAAAUUAUGGAAAAAGAAUCUCUUCAAAAGAUUGAACUUAUUGAAGACAGCAUUCAUAAAGCUAAACAACAGACCAAAGCAGAAGCUGAUUACUAUCAUUUGAAGAAACAAGCCGAAGCCAAUAAACUAUUAUUAACUAAGGAAUAUUUAGACCUAAAGAAAUAUGAAGCACUUGCAUUAAAUAACAAAAUUUACUUUGGCAAUGAUAUCCCAAAGAUGUUUUUGCAAGCACAUUUAGCUGACAGUAUUCCUAAAAAUGUACAGGUUGAA